AACUGUUCCGAUGCAGAAUAUCAGGAUAAGAUACGAUGUUGUCUUGUAGGGUUAUAUAUCUGGAAUUAGCAUGAUGAUAACCUUCGUCACAGUGUCCGGCUCCUAGUCUUACCAUCGAUGCCCCCAUCUUAUCUACUCGUACCUCUCAUUUUGGUAUAGACACCUGCAGCAAAAAAGACACCCUUCACAAUGUCGAAAUUCGGUGUCCUCGUAAUGGGCCCAGCUGGCGCCGGCAAAACAACCUUUUGCACCGCUCUGAUCCAACACCUCCAAACCACCCGCCGCAGCUGCUUCUAUGUCAACCUCGACCCAGCCGCCGAAUCCUUCUCCUACGAACCAGACCUCGACAUCCGCGAACUAAUAACCCUUGAAGACGUAAUGGAAGAACUAGGUCUAGGUCCCAACGGUGGCCUAAUGUACUGCUUCGAAUUCCUGCUCCAGAACCUCGAUUUCCUAACCGAGGCCCUCGACCCGCUCACUGACGAGUACCUGAUCAUCUUCGACAUGCCAGGCCAGAUCGAGUUGUACACACACGUCCCGCUACUUCCGUCUCUAAUACAACAUUUGUCCCGCGCGGGGCCGUUGAAUAUUUCGCUCUGCGCUGCUUAUCUAUUGGAGAGCACCUUUGUCAUCGAUCGCGCCAAGUUCUUCGCAGGGGCAUUGAGUGCCAUGUCCGCUAUGAUCAUGUUGGAGAUGCCGCAUGUGAAUAUCCUGAGCAAGAUGGACCAGGUCAAAGGGGUGAUUGGGAAGAAGGAGUUGAAGCGCUUCACAGCUGUAGACGUUCAAUUGCUGUAUGAGGAGAAUGAGGGAGGAGGUGGAGGUGGAGGUGGGAACACAUAUGGAGACGAAGAAAUGACAACUACCACAGUGGAAGAACCCACAUCUACAAAUUCAUUAUUGAGCGGUGGUUCGUUUAAGCGGCUCAAUCGGGCAGUUGGUCAGUUGCUUGACGACUUCAGUAUGGUGUCAUUUUUGAAGUUAGAUGUUCAAGAUGAGGAUAGCAUUGGUAGUGUGUUGAGUUAUAUCGAUGAUGCGAUACAAUUCCACGAAGCGCAGGAACCUAGGGAGCCUGCUGAUGAGCUGGAGGGGGAUUUUGAGUGAGCAAGUGGGGACAGAUGGCCUUGAGCAAUGUCCAUACAACAGACUUUUAUAUGACCCCUCUGCAAUUCUCCCACGUUUAUGGCCCAGGAGAGAGGGGCGCGCGGGUUUCCAGACUAUCGACGGUUGAAUUCGAUGUGUGUUCCCAUCCCAGUAUCUACUUUGUACGACCGCUUCUACGGAGGAUAUCGUCAAUACCUCUAGCAACGAUGCCACGAUGAUAUAACUUUAACAUGAGGGACGAAUUGAGCGCCGGCAACAGUAAGAAUCGGCCAAUAUCAAAAACUUGCGGAUUUGGCUUGGAAAAGAGCCAUCUGCACUAUGAGUCUAAUGAAUCCAACAAAAUCAUGUAUAUAAUGGAAGAAUAUGAUGACACUGAAUCAUAGAAAUCAGUCUUUGCAGCGCCUCAUCAAGAAUCCAAAUCCAACUUCCAAUAGAAGUAAAAAUGAAUUUCUCCCUCCCC